UUCGACAAGAAGACAGUAUACCGGUGUCUGGACGUGUACGACCGACAGGCAAUCUGUUUAAUUUUAAAAUUUUUACUGUUAGUCUUUAUUUUUGAUUUUGUAUAGUUUUGUCCUUUGUCUGCCACAAAGUACAUUAAUUAUAAUUUAUAGUCGAUAGUAAUUUAUUUCGCUUUUUGCCUACAGUCCGAAGUCCGUACUUUGUGCAUUGUCAAAACGUUAUGUUCAUCGAAAAAGGGAAACCAGAAGAAAUCCCUAAAGGGGCCAUACGUCUCACAAGAGACGAGGUCCUAGAGUACAUGACCGACCUGAUACACAAAUGGCCAAACACUAUGGAAUUAUGGGCGUUGAAACACGGUAAUCCAAUUCUAUCAUCGGCUGUUGUACUGUCAAGUUCGGUGAUUUUAAAUUUCUACCGCAAAAAACUACAACUUAGAAAUUAUGGACGUUUUACUUUGUUCUUACCAAUUGUUCUUAUCCCAUCGAUUUUUGAUCAAUUGUAUCAAACCUCAAUGACUACUAAAUCAAUCAUUUUGCAAGAAGAUUGUCCCAUUUGCAUUAGUACACAAUCAAUGUUUAUACAAUUGGGCACAGGAAUUGUUUAUCCAUUGAUGGGCACAAUUGGUGGAACUUAUAUGUUUGCCCACAAAAUGGACACAUUUUAUUUGAAAUCCAAAGGACCUGAGAUGAUAAAAGAAUUUGCUCUACAUGUAACAAAAUUAAGUCGUCCACUCUAUAAUAGACUUACAGCAUUUGUUAUUGGUCAUGCAUUAUUAAGUUAUAUGAUAAGUCGUUAUCAAAUGGAUAAUUUUGAAUUUUUAAGGAUUAAAAUGUUACAACAACAAAAUGAAGAAAUAGAAGCAUUACGUCAAAGUAAACAAAUUGAUAACAAACAAUGAUCCAUUAUGUUACUGUUAGAGUAAUUUAAGUGUAACUACUGUAUUCUGUCCUGCGAUAAAGCAUGCUGAUUAUGCGUAUUCCUAUUCUACACUCUCCUAUUGAGACUGGUUUCAUUAUGGUAGGAUUUUGUUUGGGAAUUUGCAUAAGAAUUAAUUUUGUUUGGACCCUGGGGUCUUUUCUCGCUGUACAGAAUAUAAUUAGAAUUUUAAAAUAAGUAGAAUAUUUUAGCUUAUAAAACAGUGUUUUAUGUCCUUUAAUGUAAUAUAAUAAUGUUAUGGUUAGUUUUCA